AUGAGUGACCAAGGUGAAAGUGCCCAUGCGGCUGCUCAACCUAAAGCAGCUCCUGAUACAGAGAAGAAAACGCUCACUAAUAAGGAAUUGAAAGAACUCAAGAAAAAAGAAAAGGCUGCUAAAAGAGCUGCCCAAAAAGAGGCAGCUGGGAUCAGCCCGGAGCAACAGGAGCAAAUGGCACAACAGAAGAUGGAAAAAAAGAAACAACAGCUGGCCACAAAUACGGGUAUUAAAAAACAAUUGAGUCAGGCAGUUGUGAAAGAUCAGAGCAUGAAAAUUCCAGCUCUUUUCAGUCAUUUGGAGACGAGAGAACAGAGAAACGCCUCUUCUCCCACGGUUUCUCACAUUGUGCAUCCUUCCAUUUUAUCACUCAGUUUGCGGUUUUCCAACCACGAGAUUGUGGGCUCCACAGCAAGGUUGAGAAGCAUGUUGGAGGUGUUCAAGAUGGUGAUAGACGACUACAAGACACCAGAGAACACUACCUUGACCCGUCACUUGACAGGGCAUCUCUCGCAUCAAAUCGAGUACUUGAAGAGUUCAAGGCCGUUGAGUAUAGCCAUGGGUAAUGCCAUCAGGUGGUUGAAGCAGGAGAUCUCUCUCAUUUCGAUUGACACUCCAGAGCUGGAAGCUAAACAGAUCUUGAGCGCUCGCAUUGACACUUUUAUCAAUGAAAAACUUCACUACUCUGACCAAGCAAUUGUGCAGAGUGCUUCCCAGCAUAUCAGUAACGGGUCUACCGUUUUGACAUUUGGACAUAGUGAGGUGUUGCUCAAAUUAUUUCAGUAUUGCGCAACAGAGCAGAAUAAGUCAUUUAACUUGGUGAUUGUCGAUUCGAGGCCGUUGUUUGAGGGCAAGAGAUUGCUCACGGAGUUGGCCAACACCACCAAAAAAGCUGAGACUCCCAACGGAGAGCCGGACGCCGAACUGGAGUUGAGCUCGAUCAUUUCGAGGAGAAGCGCACCUGCAUCGCCAAUCACCAAAGAAUAUAUAAAAGUCAACUACUGCCUCAUCAAUCUGUUACUGUCUACGAUUUUUGAGGAUGUUGAUUGUGUAUUCUUAGGUGCACAUGCUAUGCUCUCGAACGGUUACAUGUACUCUCGUGUGGGCACUGCCAUGGUAGCCAUGAUGGCUCACAAAAGAAAUAUUCCUGUCUUGACAUGUUGUGAGUCCAUUAAGUUCUCCGAAAGAGUCCAAUUGGACUCGGUCACUACUAAUGAGUUGGCUGAUCCUGAAGACUUGAUUAAGAAUGCAAAUCUGAAGCAGCCGCCGCAGCAAACCUCCCUAGCAUUGAAACAAUUUCUCAAGGAAGUGGAGCAGAAGGAACACGACAAAAAAGCAAAGACUGGAAAGAAGGAGAAAGAGCCAGUAAAGAGUCAUCUGAUGGGUGAUGAGUCGCUUCUCGCAGAUUGGAAAUCUAUUCCUUCCCUUAACCUCCUUAAUAUCAUGUAUGACUUGACUCCUCCUUCUUACAUCAACAAGGUUGUCACCGAGUUGGGCUCCUUGCCUCCUCUGUCUGUGCCUGUAAUUUUGAGAGAGUACAAAAGUGGAUAG